GACGAGACGAUCCUCGCCAACUUACAGGAGGCAAAGAAGACCUUCUUCAAGGACGCCCGGAAGGCGUUGGACCAGAACCGCGUCAAUCGCGGGUUCUACCCUCCUCAGAAAGGGAAGGGCAAAGGAACUGACCGAAGCAAGGGCGAAGCUCGCCCGGGCGAGUUUCGUGGCCGAUGCAUGCGCUGCGGCAAGUAUGGUCACAAGGCUCAGUUCUGUCCUCAAUCCAGUGGCUCGGCAAAGGCAAAGGCGACUGGAAAGGGCGCCGGGAUCGGACUCGUGUUCUCCAACUGGCCCGCGGCCGAGGAGGAGAAGCCGGUCCCCAUCUUUGGCCAGCAGGAAGUCGAGACAGUCCGAGCCAUCUUGGACUGUGGUGCAUCAGAGUCCAUCGUGGGAGCCUGGACUCUCCAGCAGCUCUGCGACGAGUUGGAGCGAUUGGGCUUCAACCCAGAUGAUGAAAUCAAGAUGGACCGCCAGGUGCGGAAGAACUUCGUCUUCGGGAACAAUGAGACGAGUUCAGCUUUGGGCUUGGCUAAGGUCACGACGGGCAUCCAUGGAUGUGAGCAGAAUAUCCGGAUGCAUGUUGUGGAAGGCCAGACGCCCAUGCCUUGCGAGAUGAAGAUCAUGCUGAGAGCUCACACCGCUUACCGAAUGGGUGUUCACAACGGCUAUGACUUGGCAACUAAGGCGUUGAUGAAGAACCAGGUGUAUGUGUCAACCGCCCGGAACGCCGUGGCUUCAGAAGCAAGUCACGACGCAGAUGCCAAGGUGUUGAAAGAAGCCGGGGCAUCACAGGAGGUCCUUCGGAUGGCAUCGGAGUUUGAGUGCAUUCAAUGCGCUCAAAGAGGUGCCUUUCGAGAUGCCCGAACGAUAGAGUGGCUUGAGAGUCAAGUCAUCAAAGUGAAUGUCAUCGCAGGAGAAGCAGCUUGGCAGGUAGGUCCUGAGGUGAGUGCGUCAGAGAUUCUGGGAAUGAGCCUUGCUGCCAAGAAUGAGCUUCAUAAUGAGUCUUUUGAGGAGACAUUGCAGCGAGCCGAUCUGGCUCGCCGGACGUUCUUGAAAGCUGAUAGUCGUAGACGCGUGCUACGUGCUGCCCGCGGCAAGACGAAUCAAGAGCUCCAGAAGGCCUUGAAGCUCAAGGCGCAAGUCGAGGAGCAGAACAAGAUUCAGGACUCCGUCGCAGAGGAGAAGAAGCGGUGCAACGAGAAGGACCUCGAGGAGUUGGGCCAGGAGAAGUUGACCAAGGGCAAGUUCGCCGGAAAGACGGUGGAGACAGUGGCGAAGGAGACGAAGUACGUCCUGUGGCUCAUGGACCAUCAGGCCGAGAAUCCGAGCUUCAUCCCUCUUCUGAGCUACGCGGCGCGGAAGGAGGGCUACCACUACAGCGUGACGACGGGAUAUCAGACUCCAUCCGCGAAGAGUUCCGGAGACAUGCAGAAGCAACCCGAGACAUUGAGCGAAUGGCAAGAAGUCUGGGCUCAGAGUCCGGAUCGCGAGUUGCCCGGAUCCGUGACGGCGAUGAUCGAGACCCUCCGCGAGGGCGUGAGGUACCUCAACGUGCAAGUGGGUCAGCUGGAACAGGCGAACCAGCAGCAGCAGGCCGCCCUCUACCAGGCCAUGUCAGCGAGCAUGGGACUUCAGGAGCAGAUGGAAGCUCUGCGUCAGCGCCUCGAGCAGCUCGAGGCUCGCAUGAUCCCCGAGCUGAAGUAA